GUCAGGGGCGCGGAGUACAAACUAAAUCUAUUACUUUCACUUUCUCUUCCGAAAACUUAGACUUUUCAACACGUAAGACGACUACUGAACUCUUAAAAUAUACAGAUAGAAGCGUGAAAAAAGUACGUGAUCAACUUUAACAUGGCGUUGUUUACAUAUCCAGCUGCGAGGAGAGACCAGAGCAAGGUGGAUAACUACCAUGGCACUGAGAUCUGUGACCCUUACUUUUGGCUGGAAGACCCAGAGAGUGAGGAGACCAAGGCAUUUGUGGAGGCGCAGAACAAAGUGACAAUGCCAUUUCUCGAAAAGUGCAGAGUCAGGAAGAAGUUUCAAGAACGACUGACUGAGCUCUAUGAUUAUCCCAAAUACAGUACCCCCUUCAGGAGAGGAGACAGGUAUUUUUACUUCCAUAACAAAGGCCUUCAGAACCAGAGCGUGCUUUACGUCCAGGACUCUCUCGAUGCUCCAGCCUCUGUGUUUUUUGACCCAAACGCUCUGUCUGAGGACGGCACUGUUGCGCUAAAGAUGGGCCGUUUGUCUGAGGACUGUAAGCUCUUUGCCUAUGGCCUGAGCAGCAGUGGGUCAGACUGGGUCACUGUUCACUUCAUGAGGGCAGAGGGAGAGCUGGACAAACUGCCCGACGUUUUGGAGCGGGUCAAAUUCAGCUGCCUCGCCUGGACCCACGACGGGAAGGGCGUCUUUUACAACUGCUACCCCCGACAAGAGGGCAAAACUGACGGCACAGAGACGACGACCAACAUGAACCAGAAGUUGUUUUACCAUGUGAUCGGGACCAAACAGUCCGAGGACGUUCUAGUUGCCGAGUUUCCUGAUCACCCGAAAUGGCACAGCUCUGUCACUAUCUCAGAUGACGGCAGAUAUGCAGUCCUGUCCAUCACUGAAGGAUGUGAACCCGUGAACCGCCUCUGGUACUGCGACCUGGAGCAGCUGCCCAGUGGAAUCACAGGUUUGCUCCCUUGGGUUAAGCUCGUGGACACCUUCGAAGCCCAGUUUUCGUACAUCACAAAUGAAGGGACAGUUUUUACCUUUCACUCAAACUUGAACGCUCCUCGGUACUGUCUGAUCAACAUCGACGUCCAGAAGCCAGAGAGAGAGCACUGGACCACGCUCCUCCCACAGCAUGACAAAGACGUACUCAACUUUGUGACGUGUGUGAAUCAGCACCACCUGCUGGUCACAUACCUCCAUGACGUGAAGGACAUCCUGCAGGUGUUUGAGCUGAAGACUGGAGCAUUCAUUCGGGAUCUGCCUCUCGACGUGGGCAUGGUGUCUGGAGUCAGCGGGAAAAAGAAAUAUUCUGAAGUGUUCUACAAGUUCACCUCUUACACAACUCCAGGCAUCAUUUACCACUGUGACCUGAGCGCUCCAAACCCAGAGCCAAAAGUUUUCAGAAAAGUGGAUGUGAAAGGAUUUAAACAGGAGGACUAUCAGACCACACAGGUUUUCUACCCGAGUAAAGAUGGCACAAAGAUUCCCAUGUUCCUGGUUCACGCCAAAGACCUGAAGAAGGAUGGGUCCAAUCCAGUUUUCCUGUACGGAUAUGGAGGGUUUGAGAACUCUAUACAGCCGUACUACAAUGUGGCGUACCUGCUGUUUGUGCAACACUUGGGAGGAGUCUUGGCAGUAGCAAACAUCAGAGGAGGAGGAGAGUACGGACUCACCUGGUACAAAGCUGGGAUUUUGGGGAACAAGCAGAACUGUUUCGAUGACUUCCAGAGCGCGGCCGAGUUUCUGAUCCAGGAGAAAUACACCUCUGCCAGCAAAAUCGCCAUCAACGGAGCGUCCAACGGCGGGCUGCUCGUCGGGGCCUGUGCGAACCAGCGCCCUGACCUGUUCGGCUGUGCGGUGGCAGAGGUGGGCGUCAUGGACAUGUUGAAAUUUCACCGCUUUACCAUCGGACACGCCUGGACCACAGACUAUGGCUGCGCCGACGACCCUCAGCAGUUUCAGUGGCUCAUUAAAUACUCCCCCCUCCAUAACCUCCCUCCUCCCCCUUACUCUGGCCCUCCGUACCCCGCCGUCCUGCUCCUCACCGCGGACCAUGACGACCGUGUGGUUCCCCUGCACACCCUCAAGUAUAGCGCCGCCCUGCAGUUCGGUGUGGGGAGCAGUCCUCAGCAGAAGCAGCCUCUGAUGGUGAGAGUGGACACCCAGAGCGGUCAUGGGGCAGGAAAACCCACAACUAAAGCCAUUCUGGAGGACACGCACAUCUUCUCAUUCAUCGCUGAGACUCUGGGACUGCACUGGAGAGAGUGACACCACAAUACAACACACACAGCUACAGGGAAGUUUAUUACUAGUUUAGUCAGUGUAAAAUUUUCCUCAGUAAAGCUACAGUAUGGAACUUUUUAGACAAAACUAUAUUCAUAUUUUUGUUUCGUUUGGUUGUGUUUAUUGCACUGAAAUAAGUAGAAAAUCAUACAUCCUUACUGUGAGUGAGCUUGCAUCUCCACAAAUCUGACUCUUACUUGACCUGGAGGAGGGCCUUCUCCUGCUUGUUUACAUGGAAAUGUUGCUCCUGUAGCAAUAAUCUUUCACAGAAUGACAUAAAACCAUAGACUGUAUAUGUAAAUGGACAUGGCUAACCUGCUAGCUGCCGCAUUCCAAAUAGGAAGUGAUCAUGGACGCACUUCCAUUCACUUUGAAAAACUGUGUCCUGUCUCUCUCUAACUGCUGCUGUCAGACUCGUCAUUUUGGUCUUAAAAUGUUCGUAUUAACCCGCUCUACAUGAUCCUGGGUUUUUAUUUCGCUAUUUUUUCCGUAAAUUGAGAUGAACAUAACAGACAUAAUAACAGACAAAUCAGGCACCUUUUUCCCCGAGGUUGCUCCGAUGUUAAGUGCCCGCGUCACUGCGGUCCGAAUGAAAAAUAUGGAACUCGGCUUCACAUUGGCCGCUAUAACUGCUCUAGUCUUGAUGAGCUUCAUUUGACUUGCUCACUCACUUAGUCCACUUCUUUAUACAGUCUAUGCAUAAAACAUAUCUAUCUCCAUGGAGAAUGUUCCUUAGUGCACCAUGCCAUUUUAAGUUUCUGUUUCCAUGGAAUCAUGCUGUGCCACCUCCAGGAAGUUGCAUACUGUACCUUUAAAAAACACUCAUGGAGAGAUAAAUAGACAAAUGCACAAUACUGCCCUUGUUUUGAAUUAGAGUAAGUUUUAAGGCAGUUGUCAGUUUACAAAAUUCACAAACGCCUUCUUUCCCCGAGGUCGCUCUCGGUAGCAUUAGCAACAGGUUUGAUUGACAGCAAGUGUUGCUAAGUGCCCAUUCCCUGCUAGAUCAGUGGUGGGGGCUGGAAGGGACGUUAUCUUCAACACUGUCUCUCCAGAUUGACUCUUUGGUUGCUAUGAUACUCUCACUCAGGAUUCCAAAUGCAGAACUUGACUCCACAUUGGCCCCUAUAACUGUUAGCCUCAAUGAGCUUCAUUUGACUGGAGCUGAACGCUGUGGGUGAUGUCAUCACUUAGUCCACUUCUUUAUACAAUCUAUGCUGUAAAGUUAAAUAAACUUCAAAAAGCCUGAUAAAUGUAUACUAUGGAACAUUUUUCUCAGUGUAAUCCAUCACUCCAUUUAUCAUUAAAAGCCACAGUGUGUUGUAUUCUAAUACAAACCAGUAACAUCUCCAUGGCAACAAGUUGGUGACGGAUUUCCUUCCAGAAAAGUUACAUAGUGCAUCUAUAGCCAUCUACAAGUGUGCCUUAAACUUGGUUGUGUUAGAAUGAGAGUAAGAAAAGUUACUGUAAACUUGUAGAAUGCUGUCACUUUGGAAGAUUUAACUUUGUCGAACUAAAUUUUAAUUAGAAGUAAAUUAUUAGUGAAAUCUCCUUGUACGACUUUGAAUGUGAAUUUGCACUUAAAGAAUUUAAAGGGAAAAUUAUGUUUGCUGCUUUAACGUCUAUGAAAUUUAAAACUGAACUGUAAACUUGCAUUGGUCAUAGAAUAAAGUCAGACAAAACUCAGU